GAGUUGGAAAGAGACGCUGGCAGUGGGUCCCUGGCGUUGUGGCAAUCCAUCCCUCCGGAACUGCACGGCCAUGGUCGCCGCCGCCGCCGCCGCCACCACCAUCUCGGACUGAGACCUCCCCAAAACCCUAGCCAACCAUACCCCGUCCGAUGGCGUUCCUGCCCCUCCCCCCGCCGGCCCCGGCCCGCUCCGCCGCCACGCCAGCCGUCUCCGCGCGCCACCACGGGGGGCGCACGGCCCCGGAGCUCUCGGGCCCCACCCCGCGCGUCGUCGUCGUCACGUCCGGCAAGGGCGGCGUCGGCAAGACCACCACAACCGCCAACCUCGCUGCCUCCCUCGCGCGCCUCUCCCUCCCUGCCGUCGCCGUCGACGCCGACGCCGGCCUCCGCAACCUCGACCUCCUGCUCGGCCUCGAGAACCGCGUACACCUCACCGCCGCCGACGUCCUCGCCGGGGACUGCCGCCUCGACCAGGCGCUCGUCCGACACCGCGCGCUACAGGACCUACACCUCCUCUGCCUCUCCAAGCCACGCUCCAAGCUGCCGCUAGCCUUCGGAUCCAAGACCCUCACCUGGGUAGCCGACGCGCUACGCCGCGCGCCCAACCCGCCCGCGUUCAUCCUCAUUGACUGCCCCGCAGGUGUUGAUGCUGGGUUUGUCACUGCGAUUGCCCCUGCGGAAGAAGCUGUACUCGUUACUACCCCUGACAUUACGGCUCUCCGUGAUGCUGACCGUGUCGCGGGACUGUUGGAGUGCGACGGCAUCAAAGACAUCAAGAUCAUUGUGAACCGAGUGCGACCUGACCUGGUGAAAGGGGAGGACAUGAUGUCAGCGCUUGAUGUGCAAGAAAUGCUGGGGUUGCCCUUGCUAGGUGUGGUGCCAGAGGACGCGGAGGUGAUCCGCAGUACGAAUAGGGGUGUGCCACUGGUUCUCAAUGACCCGCCUACACCUGCUGGCCUUGCUCUGGAGCAGGCCACCUGGCGAUUGGUAGAAAGAGAUGCGAUGACAGCAGUCAUGGUUGAGGAGCAGGAGAGGCCCAAGAAGAAAGGCGGCUUCUUUUCAUUCUUUAGUAGGAUAAUCACAGUUGUAUGGACACCAUGAGGAACUUUAACUGUAUGCGUGUUUUGUGGGCUUGUUGCAAAUGGAGUGCGUACGGCGAGAUGACGCAGAUGGCAAGGCGCUGUGCCUAGCUGAUG